AAAGAACAGUUAAAACGCGAAAGCCAUUCAGACAAUUAACUUUAUUGUUUUAUCAGAAAUGGCACAAAUUCUAAGAGGUUUUUCAGUAUUUAUACAUUAGAGUGAGGAAAAAUAUAGUGGUCUCAUUCUAACUUACCGCACUAGUUCUCAUCAGUGCAGCUAAAAAAAAAAUAGAUUAUACAGUUCCGCAAUUCACUGGUUAUUCAAGGAUAUCUGACAGGUAUCUAAUCGGUAUCGGUAUAUGACAUCCUCGAGUCGGUACUUAUAAAUAAGCGGAGAGAAGUUCACGCGUCAUUAUGUUGUGUACGUAAAGAAGAUAGCAACGAAGAACUUGAAGUAGUUUGUGGAGUUUUUAUAUUUUGUAUCAUCUGUCAUUUUUAGCUUUGAGGAACAUACAGAAUUAUUCUUGUAGAUAAGAGCGCGUGAUUUCUACAAAAAUGGGUUCUAGUAGCAGCAAGCAAGGAAAGAAUAAUUAUCCUGAUGGGGGUUCAUUUAAAAAAAUAUCAAAGCCAGAUGCAUACAACCAUUUAUACAACCAUGUCAGUCAACAAUAUGAAUUUAAGGAUUCUUAUAAUCAUUUAUCAUAUAAUGAUUUUUCCAAAUCAACUGUCAAACCAAGUAGUACUAGUUUAAACAAACAUUCACAUUCAAUAAUAUGUAAGGAUUGUAAUAGUAGCCACAUAAAUUCAAACUUGGGUAAACUGAGUGCACACUGUAAACUAUAUAAUGAAUCAUCUCAAACUAAUCGCAAAGGUAGAAUUGUUCAAUCCAAUGCAAAAGAUAUCCUCUUUUAUAAAGGAGGAAAUGAUUUUGAAAACAACACUUUGAAAACAAUUUCCACUGAAAGUGAGAAGUCUAUAAGUACGUAUCAGUCACCCUUAAAAGUGCUCACAAAGGAAAACAAAACUUUGGAAACAGUUUCCAGUCAAAGUGAGAAGUUAAUAAGUACGCAUCAGUCACCAGAGGUCCAAUCCAAUGCAAAGGACAGUUACUUUUAUAAAGAAGCAAACGAUUUUGAAGACAAAACAGUUUGCAAGCCAAGUAAUACUAGUUUAAACAAAUAUUCACAUUCAAUAAUAUGUAAGGAUUGUAAUAGUAGCCACAUAAAUUCAAACUUGGGUAAACUGAGUGCACACUGUAAACUAUAUAAUGAAUCAUCUCAAACUAAUCGCAGAGGUACAAUUGAUGUUCAAUCCAAUGCUAAAGAUAUUCUCUUUUAUGAGGGAGAAAACAAUUUUGAAAACAACACUUUGAAAACAAUUUCCACCGAAAGUGAGAAGUCUAUAAGUAUACAUCAAUCACCCUUAAAAGUGCUCACAAAGGAAAACAAAACUUUGGAAACAGUUUCCAGUCAAAGUGAGAAGUUAAUAAGUACGCAUCAGUCACCAGAGGUCCAAUCCAAUGCAAAGGACAGUUACUUUUAUAAAGAAGCAAACGAUUUUGAAGACAAAACAGUUUGCAAGCCAAGUAAUACUAAUUUAAACAAACAUUCACAUUCAAUAAUAUGUAAGGAUUGUAAUAGUAGCCACAUAAAUUCAAACUUGGGUAAACUGAGUGCACACUGUAAACUAUAUAAUGAAUCAUCUCAAACUAAUCGCAGAGGUACAAUUGAUGUUCAAUCCAAUGCUAAAGAUAUUCUCUUUUAUGAGGGAGAAAACAAUUUUGAAAACAACACUUUGAAAAGAGUUUUCACUGAAAGUGAGAAGUCUAUAAGUACGUAUCAGUCACCCUUAAAAGUGCUCACAAAGGAAAACAAAACUUUGGAAACAGUUUCCAGUCAAAGUGAGAAGUUAAUAAGUACGCAUCAGUCACCAGAGGUCCAAUCCAAUGCAAAGGACAGUUACUUUUAUAAAGAAGCAAACGAUUUUGAAGACAAAACAGUUUGCAAGCCAAGUAAUACUAGUUUAAACAAAUAUUCACAUUCAAUAAUAUGUAAGGAUUGUAAUAGUAGCCACAUAAAUUCAAACUUGGGUAAACUGAGUGCACACUGUAAACUAUAUAAUGAAUCAUCUCAAACUAAUCGCAGAGGUACAAUUGAUGUUCAAUCCAAUACUAAAGAUAUUCUCUUUUAUGAGGGAGAAAACAAUUUUGAAAACAACACUUUUAAAAGAGUUUUCACUGAAAGUGAGAAGUCUAUAAGUACGUAUCAGUCACCCUUAAAAGUGCUCACAAAGGAUAAUUUUGCAUUAAUGUGGUUUUCAUGGAAGAAUGAAUUUCUCACAUACAUGAAAUCUGCUGAUCAAGCAGAAAACGAUAAAGAGAAGUGGGGUAUGAUGCUUUUGAAUCGUGUGGGUCCAAUUGGACAAGAAAUAUACAGAACUUUUACUUUUGAUAAUGAUCAUGAAAAAGAAGACAUAAAUAUAUUGUUGAACAAAUUUGAUCACUAUUGUGCGUUUGAAAACAGGAAAAAAAGUACUGAUGAAGAUAUAGACAUAUAUAUGAAUAACUUAAAGGUAAUGGCAUUGCAAUAUACAAGCAAUGUAGAUGAGAUAGUGAAGAAAAAAAUUCUGGAAGGAAUAGAUAUUGAUAAAUUUACGAACAAUGCCAGGAACUUGAUUCCAAAUUUCACAUUUUCAGUAUAUAUAAAAUCUUUAACUGUACAAGAAAUUACAUGUAUUUGGAUGAGAUCUGAGAAUAUAAAUUUUGUGAAAACUGAAAAAAUUGAUGGUAACUUAGUAAAGAACUGUAGCAAGUGCAGUUUUACACAUAAAAUAAAUAAAUGUCAUGCUUGUGGUAAAUAUUGUAGUGAAUGUGGUGACAUGGACCACCACUGGAAGAGAUGCCCAUCUAACUUUAAAAAUAAUUGCCCAUAUUGCGGAGAAAGUCAUUUCUAUCGAGAAUGUCUUGCUUAUAUGAAUGAAUGUAGCAGAUGUCAUAGACCAAAUCACUUUUAUUGGAAAUGUGGAUUUGUAAAAAAAGUUUUAAAGUGCAGGCAUUGUGAUACAUUACAUAUUGCAUCUACAUCUGCAUGUCCUGCAAUAAAUAAUGUAUGUGUGGAAUGUGGUAAAAGAGGUCAUUUUUCAUCAAAAUGUGGGGAAAAUAUAUUCUAUAAUAAAACAUAA